ACAUUAAGCGAUUGGCUAUGACACAACAAUGUGUUGAAACGUUGGCUAUUUAUAAACAGUAGUGAAUAACAAAUGUGAGCUGUAGUUCACAGUAGUUUUCCAACAGUAAAAGCUGUAAUAAAAUGUUUUUUUCUGUUAUAUCGAUGAUAUUUUUGAGUGCAGUAAAUUGCGUAACUCAGCAAUGUUCUAUGAUAGAUGUCAAAACUCUUCUGGAAGGCUGUGAUCACCUCAUAGGAUUAAAUAUAACAAGUGUGGGUGGGACGAUGGUCAAUGAUCAUAAUUGCGACGUUCUUCUUCCGAAACAAGUAUUUACGGAUGAACCUUUGUUUCAAUAUCCUCUCGCAGAUUCGAAAAAGUUCUACUCUGUAUUAAUGAUUGAUCCUGAUGCCCCACCGCAAAUUGAGGGAGAGUUUUAUCUACAUAUGCUCAAAUCUAAUAUUCCAGGACUAGCGCUUAAAUCAAAGGAAAGUAGUAAAACUGUUGGAAUUGAUUACAGAGGUUAUAAACCACCAACGCCCCCUCGCGGAUCCGGCAUGCAUCGCUACAUGAGCCUAUUGUACGAACAGGCCGAUGGUAAUAAUUUUCUACCAAAUGUUCCGUCGUCUAGAGGCCGCUUCCACCUCGCGAAUUGGCUUCGAGGCAAGAACCUUUGUGGUCCAGUCGCUGGGUCACAAUUCAGAGUUCAAUUCUAGAUGGCGUUACUGACAUGUUUCUAUAAUAUUAUGUGAUAAACUUGACCUUAUACCUAUAUUGUUUCUUUAAGUUCGUACAGCGGUACAUAAAAAUUAAUUUGUAGUAAUUUUAAUAGAGACAUACACAGUUACUUUGCUUGAAAUUAGCGCUGCAGGAAUAAAUGAACUAUUCUUUUUUUAUUUAAAAUAUCAUUAAAAAAAUAAGAACAUAAUUAACUUUUGAAUAAGUAUUACCAUAAUUUCUUUAACUUGUAUGUAGUUUCAAAAUCUUCAGACGAAAAAUUGUUCCUCAAAUUAACUUUCAAAGCAAUAAUAUACUAAAGUAUGAACGCACGUCACAACUUUUUUGAAGACAUGUAAUUGAUAAGAAAUAAAUUUUUGAUUCUCUUAUGCACAUAAAACAGUGGGACCUAUUAUUUUAAAUUUUAAUAUGUCUGACAAAUAAAAAAUGGAAUACUGACAAAAAGGAGCAAUACAAUUGUCAAAAUUUAAUGUUGUAUUUGAAUAAACGAUUGUUACCUAACUGGCAAUUAAAACAUUAAUAAGGAAUAGAUACGAGUACGCUCAGCAACACUGGCGCCAGUUAAUUUGACAAUGUCAAAAUAGCUUGAAAAAUAAAGGCGAGCGUAGGCUGCGCACGCGACACUUACCUCUCACCUACCCACGCUAGCUAUAAACAUUUUAUUCUAACAUCGCACUAACUACUGGUUCAUAUUUUAUAACUCUUGACUUGAUCAAGAUUUGACUUCAUUAAUUAUGUUAGUUUGUCAUUUAAAUCAAAAAUUGACAGCUUGUACAUAUAUAUUGAAAUAAAUAAAACUAUCUAGAAGAUUAAUAAAAAAAGAAUAAUAUUAAAAACUUUUUAUGAUAAAAUCACGAAAUGAUGACACAAUCUCACCAAGUAUGGCGAACGCUGAAUAUACUAAUCCUGACAAAGGAUACCAAAAAUAAAGUGAAUGUCACAAAAGACAAUCUUUUCACUUAACUUGGGUGGUCUUUGUCAUUUUAUGGUGGCAAUGAAAAAUUUCGUACAUACAAAACAUUUUAAAACAAAUGACCAAUUUAUUACACAUUAAGAUUUAAGAUUGUACCAAAACUCGACACUCGCUUUUGUUACAAAGCAUUAACUGAUGCCUCCAAAUCUAUAAAUGUAUUUUAUUAUUUCAACCACUAAAACGUAUUUCAUUCUCUCUUCCAAAAAUCGAUUCUUUUUAAUAUAAUGGCCCAUAGUAAAAUCGAAACUAAAUGUACUUUUUUUAUUAAAAAGUAUAUUACAAUCGUAUGUUUUUCAUUAUUAGGUAAAAUAUUUAAAUGUCUUCCUAUACGGAAACAUCAGAAAAAAAGCUAAUAUCAAUCCUGUAGAGUGUAGUUAAUACGUAUACAUGUAUCCCUAUUUUUAACGUCUCUAUACUAUAACUAAAAUUUUAUAAGUUUUAAAUAUAUUUAUUUUCUUUAUUAAUAUAUAUAUGUGCAUAUUAACUACGUUAUAUAUUCUCCAAAUUUAUUAUUAAUCAUUCCCAUUGAUAAACAAAGAACGCAUGUUGAUUUUAUUUAAUCAUUCCGUAUUAUAUUUACCUCUAUUAAAAAAAAUCCUAAUAUUAGUCGUAUCUGUACUCUAAUAACAACAUUUAACGUUUGAUGUUUACGAAUCACAUGAAUAAUGUUUAUUUAUGAUCAAAAUUUUCUUAGAAUGUGAAAUAUCAUUUAUGACGAUGAUUAAUUCCGGUUGACCGCAGACUUCGAUAACAAUAAAUUAAUGAAUGAAUUAAUAUUCUAUAAAUAUAAUUAUUGCACCACAACCGAGUUAUGUAAAUCAUUGUAAAGAACAUUACGAACUGUAGAAUAUAUAUAUUUUAUUUAAAUUAAAAUUAUAUUACCAACACUGGGAUAUACAAAAAAGUUUCGUCGUGUUUGAAAGAGCUUAUCGAAAUAAAUACGUAUGUAGUAUGUACUUACAAUAUAUUUUUUGUAAAUAUUAAUUUAUAUAUGAUUAUAAUUAAGGUAUAUAAAAAUGGGACGUGAUUGUCCAUGUGAAAUUAUAUUAAGUAUAAUUACGUUUAAGUAAACAAGUAAAAGAAAUUUUCAAUGCCUUGCAAAUAACAUAACAGAUGAGGUAUAGUUUAUCUGUAAAUAAAAAUGUUGUUAUUAAUAUUCACAUCGUUAUAUGUCAAAAUUCAUUAAUGUUUAUAAUAAAAUCAGUUUAAAAUUCCAUCAGGUUUUCAUAAAAAAAACAAGAUUUUUUUAUGACAGGAAGCUAUGUCUAUCGUAUAUUAUAGACAGUUUUUUUAAUAUUGCAGAAAAACAAACGAUAGACAAUAUUAAGAUAAUAUAAAAUAAAAAUGUUAAUAUCUUUAGAAUAGCAGAAUGUUUUUUAUUCAAAUAUUUAGCCUUUAUAUUUUUAUUAGUAAUUAGUUUUAAUUAAAAACACAAAAGUUGGUAAGUCGUUAAAUAAAUAUAGAGAAUAUUUUUA